UCACCUCAUAUCGCGUUUCCAGAUCGCGUUUUUUCACUCUCCUCUACCUCACUUCACGUUGAACCUCUCUCAGCUUCUCUCUCAGAUCGCGAUUCCUUGACUCCUUCUCAGCGAUGGCGAACUCCAUGGCUUGAAGGUUUGUGAUUUGGAUCUGUUUGUUUUGGUUAGGAAUUAGGGCUCGAAUUUAUCUUGUUUUGGUAAAAUCGAGUGGUUUCCUGGGUUUGGUUUCUUCGAUUUCUUCCACUGUGCACACUCUGCUUCAGAUCCAAACAAGAUCAGUAAUUUUGAGUAUCUAAUGCAAUUCAAUACACUGGCUGAGCCUAGUUAUAAUGAUAUAGCGCAGUAUCCUGUUUUUCCCUGGAUUCUUUCUGAUUACAGUUCAGAGAGUUUGGAUCUUUCAAAUCCUUCUUCUUAUCGAGAUCUUUCAAAGCCUGUUGGUGCACUGAACCCAGAUCGUCUGAAAAAAUUUCAAGAGAGAUAUGCUAGCUUUGAUGAUCCAGUUAUCCCCAAAUUCCAUUAUGGAUCACACUACUCAAGUGCAGGAACAGUCUUAUAUUACCUUGUUAGAGUUGAACCUUUCACCACCCUUGCAAUCAAAUUACAAGGCGGAAAUUUUGAUCAUGCAGAUCGGAUGUUUUCUGAUAUUUCUGGUACUUGGAAUGGAGUUCUUGAGGAUAUGAGUGAUGUAAAGGAAUUGGUUCGUGAGCUAUUUUACCUCCCCGAAGUCCUCACUAAUGAAAAUUCAAUUGAUUUUGGUACAACGUAGUUGGGAGGAAAACUUGAUAUUGUAAGACUUCUAGCUUGGGCUGAGAAUCCAGUUGAUUUUGUGCACACGCAUAGGAUGGUUCUGGAGAGUGAGUAUGUAUCUGCUCAUUUACAUGAAUGGAUUGACCUCAUAUUUGGGUAGGUCUUUUUAAGACUUUUCAGUUUCUCGUCCUACUUUUGCUGUUUGCAGUAAAGUCGUGCACCUACUUCAAAGCUUCCUCUUGUUUAUUUUCACUUGUACACAAUAUUUUCAAGAGUGAUUCAUUGCCAUUAUGUUUAAUCUGUUUCAUUCUUUCCAUGUGUGUAAGGGAAAGCUUUAUACCUUUACCAGCUUAGGUUUUCAUAAUGUAAAUGAAAAUCUGAACUGGCAGUGUGUACCUGCAUUCAUAGAAUUUGCGUGUAGCUUAGCUGUGCAAAUUUUUAUUGUUUGAGUAUCUUGUGAACUUGCAUUCUUUUAAGUUUAUAUAUAUAUGAAGUUUUUGAAAGCUUUUCCAUACUGUUGGUCAUGCUGUUGCAGAUGACAUAACUGAAAGUUUAGAAU